CUAUAAAUGCAUCAUUUAUAGGAUGCCAUCUGUACUAGAUGCUAAAAGAUUAUUUCAUUCCAGACAAGCUGAUUGUCCACCACAUAGACAGAAGCUAUUCAUUGACUCUAGAGGAGGCUCUGGGACUCUUCUGUCAGAUGAAAGAACCCUGUCCAGCUACCCAAGUAUUACGUCAGGCACUACACUGAUCAUUGUUAUGAGUGCUCCUUGGAACCUUUAUGUACAAGACCCUAAUGAAUCUGGAAAGACUUAUACAAUUGAAAUACCCUCUAGUGAACCACAGUCUUAUAGUAUUACUGAUCUUAAGGCUCUUGCUGAACAGCACAUGAAGCAGUCAUUGGUGGAUUAUCAGUUUCAUUUUAAAGAGAAACCAGUUGAAGAGUGUCUUCAUGGUAAACGAAGGACUCUUAAGGAUUGUGGAAUUAACAAGGAAGACACUGUCUUUAUCAUGAAGAUUGGAAUUGUUGUCAACAUAACAGCACCUGAAAUUGAUAUAUGUUUUGUGAUGGAUUGUACUGGAUCAAUGGGAAGUUGGAUUGAAAGUGUUAAGACUAAUGUAAAGAAUGUUAGAGAUGGGUUAGAACAACACUAUAAAGGAUGUGACAUAAGAUUCUCAUUUGUCCGAUACACUGACUAUGAUCAACCUACAUCAACCAGAACAACAUGGAUCAACUUUACAAAGUCUCUUUCUCAGUUCCAUAAUUUUGUGGAUCCUAUUAAAGCAAGUGGAGGUGGUGAUACACCGAAGAUAUAAUGGGAGCUCUUAAAAUUACAUUCUCUACUAGUCUUAGCUGGCGCCCAUCAGCAACUAAGGUAUUGAAGCAAGGUUUAUCGCUGCUGCAAAUGCAAUGCAGAAUUAAAAUGUAGCCAUUCGUGCAGCAACUUCAAAGCAUUAUCAAAUCACUAUUUUGGCUUAAAACCUGGUUUGUGGCUGUUGUAUGGGUUCUGU